AUGUUUUUUAAAGGGAAAAAAGAAUCAAACAUAGAUAACUUCAAUCCUGGAGUAGGACUUUAUGAUAUUAUUACUAAAUUAGAUAAACCAGUACCAAUUAUGCAUUCUGAUAAACAUGGUCUCCAUAAAAAAAAUGAAUCAUAUCCUCAAUGUGAUUCAUAGCUAUCUUAUGAUCGAAAAGUUGAUUUAAAUUAUCCUUUGCAUAGUUAUGCUAGUGGAAUUUAAAGAGUUAGACAAAAUAAAAUAUAUUAAGAACUUAAGAAACAAGUUAAAUAUGAUAAUAAACUUAAUGAAUUUAACAAUGAAUUUGAUAGUUAAGUGCGUUCCACUAUUAAAAAGGGAAAGCUUGUAAAAUUAUAGAAAUUGUAAAGAAAUUCACAAUAAUCAUUAAAUGAUUCGCAAUCGCUUUAUUUAGGAUAAUAAUCACCAAUAAAUAAAAAAACAACAAGCUAGCAAUAUUUGAAACAUCCACCUAAAUUAUAAUCAUUAGAAAGUUUAGAACUCUUUCUCUUAAGAGAUAAAUUAUAGAAAGUAUAAGAUAUACCAGGCCCUGGUUCUUAUGAGUUGCCAAGUGUUUUCAAAUAAACAGAAAUCAGGGUUUAACCAUUCGGAAAAUAAUAAGGGAGAACUAAAUACAUAGAUUAAGAAGCUUCAGUUGGUGUUGGAUAAUAUAACAUACAGGAUUAAUCAGUAGUCAAAAGUGUAAUAAGGUUUGACAAAUAUUCGAAGAGAGUAAGUAUUUUUGAAAACAAAUAAAACUCUCCAACAUAUUAUGAUAAUAAUUCAAAUCUUAUCAGCAAUCAAUCAAAACUUAAUCUCGAAUUUCCUAUAGCCUUUGGUUCUACCUCAAAAAGAUGA